CUUCUCUUGUCAGUCGCGCGUUAUCAUCAUCUUCUCAUGCACACAUUGCUGCGACUAUCAGUUUUUGGGUUUAAACAAGAUACUCAGUUUAAAGUUCGGGGCCUGCUUGGACACACGAGGUCAAAGUUCAGAGUGCAGUAGCUUUUUUUAAUAUCUGCAGGACACGGAGUUUAGAGAAUUCUUCGCCCGUCUGCUGCGGGCCCUGGAACACGUGUUUUUUCCUGACAACACAGAAUUUGAAUUCAUCAACAAUUCGUCCACCGGAACUUUGAUUCUAAGCUUCACUUUGGAUAAUAAAUCUAAAGAUGUGGAUUACUCUCUUGUUGAUAGCCUCAAUUAUUGGUUACUCCCAAUCCCUUCCUGCACCAGUUCCCUCACUUCAUUAUGAAACUGGUAUUACUUACAAAUAUUCCUACCAGUUUACUGUACUACUUAAUGAAGAUUCUAAUUUAACCAGUCGUGCUGCUUCAAUUGGAAGGAAUGUUGGUUAUCAGGUAUCAUCAGAAUUCCUGCUUUCAUCCAUUUGGGAAAGUCCAGAAAAUUCCAAUGAAAAAUUGAUUAAACUAGAGCUUCUGAAACCUACACUACUUGUAUCAUCCAAUAUGCAGUCUACUGAAGGAGAUCCUCAUUGGUCAAAGCUAGAUAACCUGUCAUACCCCCCAAUCUAUAUCCAUUGGAAUGAUGGAAAUGUGAAGAAAGUUUAUGUGUUACCAGAUUCUCAAGAUAUGAUAAAUAUCAAAAAAGGCAUUGCUAGUUUGUUACAGCUUCGAAUGUCUGAUGCUCAAGUAAAAGAGGCAGAUGUUGCUGGAUUAUGUGAUGUCCGUUACAAAGUUCAUGGCACUACCAUAAAAAAACGUAAAACCAACUGUGAAAGGAAUUACUUUCAUCAAAACAACUUGGGAGCUAAACAGCUCCUGAGGCCUACUUUAACUGCUUCCUCGGAUAUGAUUAUAGAGUUAAAUCCUCAAGAGAGUGUUAUCCAAUCUAUAAAGGGUAGAGAAGAAGUGCGCAUGACUUUGAAUCUAUGGAAACAAGCAGCAGUUUACGUUAAAUCAAAAAUUCAUCUGAAUUUUGUUGAACACUAUGGCAAACAUGCAAUACUGAAGGGUAAAAAUGUUGGUGUUGUGUUAAACUUCAUAGCUGAAGAAAUGGGAUCCAAAUUGAAAGGAGAAACCCUGGAAGCUUCUUUGAAUGGUGAUUUCUGUCCUAACUGCAUGCCUGUAAGUCAACUGACUACGGAGUUUGGAUCCAAUCUGCUUCCAGAUUAUUUGGGUGAAUUAAAAUCAGCUGGUGGAUUCUUGAAAUUUCUUGAGAGCGUCCGAAGGGCAUCAAAGAAAGAGAUCCUAAUGAUGUUCAAAGAUUCAAAUGGGCCUAUCUUAACCCAAAUAUUGGAUGUACUGGCUGCUGCUCAGUCUAAUGAUGCUUUGGAUGUAGCUUUUGAGCUGAUUGAUUUUGAAAGCAAAGAUAUUGGAAUAGCUGAACGAUUUCUGUUAUGUCUUGCAACAACUCCCAAUCCAAGUGAGACUACAAUAGCAAAAACAAUGAAACUGUUGAAUAAGAACUUUAAAAAUGUGAAAUUAAAAGCUUCUCUUAUGAUCACAUUGUCAUCUUUAGUACGAACAUACUGUACAAGUAAUGCUACUAAUGUCAACGCAUUGAUUGUACAAAAUGUUAAUCAAAUUCUUGUAAGAGGACUUCAAGGAUGCCAAGAUGCUGCUUGCAUUAUUAAUCACCUUUUAGCCUUAAGAAAUAUUGCAUUACCUCAAAAUUUACCUCUACUUGUUGAGUUUGUUAAGAAAGGCGGAAUUCUAGGAUUAAUGGCUUUAGAAGCUAUGAAAGAUAUUGGGGAGCAACACUUCACUCAAGAGAUAAAUCAAGUGCUGUUUAGGGUAUAUAACCAAUUUUGGCCUCAUCAAGAAUCUGCAGCCCGAGUACUUGCCGCAGAACUUUUGAUGAAAAGUAGCCCAACUGCAGAAACCAUUGGAGAAAUAAUUGCAUCGUUACCUAACGAUGAUCAAUCAGAAAUCGUUACAUUGGUUGUCAAGAAAUUGUAUACUUCAAUGCAAGAGAGCGCUGCAGUUAGAUCUUGUGUGAUGGAUUUACUGAAAAAUUCUACUUUUGGCAAUUAUUACAAUUUGGCUCAUAAUGGAUCUUCUUCAAGUGUAAUUAAUGAAUUGCAAGCCACACAUGAUGCGAAUAUUACGUAUGGAAUAAAUGUGGAGAUGCGACAGACAGGCAUGCUUAAAAGAACAAGUUUUGACUUAAAUUUGUUAGGAAAUGGUGAAAAUACCCAUUUAAUGUCGAUGUCUCUGUUUGUCGAAGGCUUCGGUUUGACUGAUGAAGAGUUAAAAGAAAAUCCUCAAGAGCAUUCAGCUGGUAUGCAGUUGUCAGUUUUGGGUGUCCAUUUAAGACCAUAUAUAUUUUUCACUGGCACCGGAGAACUUAUGAGCCUUAUUUGGUCUGGAGCUGGAAACAAUCCAACGCCUGCAGUCCAGGGAAAUUUCCUGAUCAUUGAUCAAACCCAUUCAGUUGUUCUACAGAAUGGCAUAAAUGUAGACUUGAAUCUGAAAGGUGCUUUGUCAACUGAUGUAUCAGGAAGUGUGGAAGUAUCCAUGUGGAACAAGAAUGCUCAUGCAGUUGUGAAAAAUAAGGGUGCCUUACUGGUAAAUGGAUUUUGUCGUGUAGAUACAUCAUUUGUUGAAAGUCAUGUUGAUUUUGCUAUGGGCGGAAAUUCUGUGCUGGAUAUGGUCGUUGACCUUGACUUUGCUCAAAAGCCUAUGGCAAUUUGUUUGCAAAUGGAACAACCAUCUUAUUCCUUCAGACACAAUGUUCGAAAAACUGAAACAAUACCAGGAAGCAAACUUUUGAUUAAAACUUUAAAGAGAAGAACUAUGUAUUUCCCUGGAAAAUCCUUUAAUUUAGUCAAGAGUAAUUCAGAUUCCUGUAGAGCAAUGUUGCAACCAAAGAAACACAAAUCAUUCUGGUAACAAAAAGAGAUUUUAUAGCUAAACCUUUCGAUUAACUGAUUUGCAGCAGACCAAAUUUAUCUGUGACUACAGGAUGAACUAUAACUGUAUUUUUUGUAUAAAAUAAUUAAACUUUCAAAAAUGUACAUUCUAUAGUUGCGCACAAAAGAAUGUUUUUUCAAUUAAAAUGGAUAUGUUAACUCUGGUUUUGUAAGAAAUUAGUGCAUUUAAUUCCUUAGCAAUUAAAAAAAAAAGUUAACAUAGUAGCAACAAUAUAAUAUUGUGCCAAAGAUUACAUGUAUUGACUGAUUUGACUACAGAAGCAACUUUUUUUCUAAUCAUUAGCUGCUUUGUAGAUAUGAGCUUUGUGAUGUUUAUUUAUUUUUUUAACAAAUAUGAUUGUCUGUUUAACUUAUAAUGAUUCAUUUUUCAUCCAUGAAUGUUAAUUUAUUUUGUCAAAACCUGUAUGUAAAGAAGGAUUCAUGGUUUCUAUUGUCAAUAUGUGCAUUCAGACUGUCUUUUGUUGCAAGACCAAAGACUCAAAUAACCACAAAACUGUGAAAUAAAAUGGCUUUAUUGAUUUAUGUCAAUACAAUAAAUGAAGUAAAUAAUA